UCAAGCCAACACAAUUACAAGAAUGGCUUCUCCUCUCUUCUUUGUGUUCCUUCUCUCUGCACUUUCACUGGAGAAUACCUAUGCCAGUCCCAAUUACAGAGAAGCACUCUCAAAGUCAUUACUCUUUUUCCAAGGUCAGCGGUCUGGUCGCCUCCCCGUUGACCAAAAACUCUCAUGGAGGUCUAGCUCUGGCCUCUCUGAUGGCUCCUCUGCUCAUGUGGACUUGACAGGAGGCUACUAUGAUGCUGGGGACAAUGUGAAGUUCAAUUUCCCUAUGGCGUUCACCACCACGAUGCUCUCCUGGAGCUCUUUGGAGUACGGUAAGAAGAUGGGAACAGAACUCCAGAACUCCCGUGCGGCCAUCCGUUGGGCCACGGACUAUCUACUGAAAUGUGCCAGGGCCACACCCGGGAAGCUUUAUGUUGGAGUAGGAGACCCUAAUGGUGAUCACAAGUGCUGGGAACGACCAGAAGAUAUGGACACUCCUCGCACAGUCUACUCUGUAUCUCCCUCAAACCCUGGCUCUGAUGUAGCCGCUGAAACCGCUGCUGCUCUAGCUGCAAGCUCCAUGGUUUUCAGGAAAGUUGAUCCCAAGUACGCUCGCUUGCUCCUGGCGACAGCGAAGAAGGUCAUGCAGUUUGCAAUUCAAUACCGAGGCGCUUAUAGUGACUCCCUUUCCUCUUCCGUCUGUCCUUUUUACUGCUCCUACUCUGGCUACAAGGACGAGCUGGUGUGGGGAGCGGCAUGGCUGCAUAGAGCAACCAACGAUCCGUAUUACACAAACUUCAUAAAAUCCUUAGGAGGAGGAGAUCAGCCUGACAUCUUUAGUUGGGACAAUAAAUACGCUGGUGCCUAUGUUCUUCUCUCACGAAGAGCAGUACUGAACAAAGACAACAACUUUGAGCCCUACAAGCAAGCAGCUGAGAAUUUCAUGUGCAAGAUCCUUCCAAAUUCUCCCUCUUCCUCUACAAAGUACACCAAAGGUGGAAUGAUGUACAAAUUACCUCAGAGCAAUCUACAAUACGUGACAUCGAUAACAUUUUUGCUCACAACCUACGCCAAAUACAUGAAAUCCACGAAACACACCUUCAACUGCGGAAACUCACUCAUCGUCCCCAAUGCACUGAUAAAUCUAUCGAAGCGACAAGUCGAUUACAUCCUCGGUGUGAACCCACUGAAGAUGUCGUACAUGGUUGGAUUCAGCUCCAAUUUCCCCAAGAGAAUCCACCAUAGAGGAUCCUCACUCCCGAGCAGAGCCGUCCGUUCAAAUUCUCUGGGCUGCAACGGCGGAUUCCAAUCUUUCCGAACACAAAACCCUAACCCUAACAUAUUAACCGGAGCAAUCGUCGGAGGACCGAAUCAAAACGAUGAGUAUCCAGAUCAGAGAGAUGAUUACACCCGAUCUGAGCCAGCUACUUACAUCAACGCUGCAUUCGUCGGGCCAUUGGCGUAUUUCGCCGCCGGUCGGUCGCCGUAAAUCGCCACUCUCUUUUUUUUCUUUCAAUUUGAUGAUUUGGAAAGUUGGUUAGUUAAAUCUGUUAAGUCUAAACCCUUACCGCGUAAUGGGUAAGACUAUU